AUGAUCAACGAGUUUCUUCCAAGUUACACCAGUUGGAUUUUUCAUGGGGAGAAUUUGUCAUCGCCUGUGCCACACAAUGUGAAUGUCAGGCAAACUGAUUUGAACGAUGGUGAUGAAACUUAUGAAAUGCUAUACGAAGGAUUUGGACUUCCUCCACCAAGCUUUAUUCACGAGGCAGCAAGUUCUGGUAUUAAACAAGGUCCAGAUGAGAAAACCAAGAAAUUCUUCAAUUUAUUGAAAGAGGCCGAAAGAGAGUUGUAUCCUGAGUUUCAGAAGUUUUCAACGCUCUCAUUUAUUGUCCAGUUAUUGCACAUCAAGUGCCUUAGUGGAUGGAGUGAAAAGUCUUUCACGAUGUUGCUCGAGCUUUUGAAGGAUUCGUUCCCAAAGGGUGAAACUUUGCCAAAGUUAUUUUAUGCAACUAGGAAACUUCUUAGGGACUUGGGCCUCGAUUAUCAUAAGGUACAUGCAUGCCCAAGGGAUUGUUCACUAUAUUGGAAGGAAACAGCUGGUAUGGAUGAUUGCAUAGUGUGUCAUAUGCCUAGAUACAAACAGUUUGAGGAGGAGGAGAAUGAUGUUAAGAAGCAGCAACAAAGAAUUCCGCAUAAGAUUUUUGGGAGUGAGCCUCGCAAUGUCAGACUGGGUUUAGCAGCGGAUGGAUUCAAUCCAUUCAAGGCAAUGAAUGUCUCUCAUAGCAGUUGGCCAGUUAUUAUAAUGCCAUACAAUUUGCCACCAUGGUUGUGCAUGAAGCAGCCUCAUAUGAUGAUGACAUUGCUCAUCAAUGGUCCUUUUUCACCUGGAAAUAAUAUUGACGUCUACUUACGCCUUGUAGUGGAUGAAUUGAAAGAACUGUGGGAAAACAGUGUUGACACGUAUGAUGCGGAAACUAAUCAGAUGUUUCGAAUGCAUGCUGUGUUAUUGUGGACUAUAAAUGAUUUUCCUGCCUAUUUAUCAGGGGCUAAUGUGCUACAACAACUAGGCCCUAAGUUCAAAUUGAAUUCUAAGCGUAAACAAUCUAGCAAACGUAAUAGAAAUGGGAAAGAAAAGGAGGAAAAUGAGGACUCGGGUCAUAAUUGGAAGAAGAAGAGUAUUUUCUUUGAGCUAUCAUAUUGGGAGCAUAAUUUGAUUCGCCACAAUCUUGAUGUGAUGCACAUUGAAAAGAACGUGUGUGAUAAUGUAUUGUGGACGAUAUUAAAUGUUGAUGGGAAAGGGAAGGACAAUUUAAAUACUCGUCGAGAUUUGCAAGAUAUGGGAAUUCGGAAGGCACUACAUCCUCAGAAAAGGGUUGGGAACAAGUAUUAUUUGCCUCCUGCAUGUUUUGCCAUGAACAAUAGAGAGAAAAGUCUAUUCUGCACACUUCUAAAGAAUAUCAAAGUUCCAGAUGGUUACGCAUCCAAUAUUUCUCGUCGGGUUAACCUUAAACAACGUAGCAUAUCUGGACUGAAAAGUCAUGAUAACCAUAUACUCAUGAAACAAAUACUUCCAAUAGCAGUGAGAAAUUUGUUACCGAAGAAAGUGGUUGAACUAUUAAUUGAGUUAAGCAAUUUCUUCAGGCAGUUGUGUUUCAAAACCCUAGAGGUGGAUGGUCUAAAUUGUCUUCAGUCCCAAAUCGCUCUUACACUUUGCCAUCUUGAGAGAAUUUUUCCUCCAUCAUUUUUCGAUAUAAUGGAGCACUUACCCAUUCACCUAGCAGAGGAAGCAAAGAUUGCUGGUCCAGUGCAAUAUCGAUGGAUGCACUUUAUAGAAAGGUACCUUAUGACGCUUAAAUCAUACAUGCGUAAUCGAAGUCAUCCUGAAGGUUCAAUUGCACAGGGAUACUUAGUCGAAGAAUGUCCUAGCUCAAGUCAAGCCACACAAAAGCAGACAAGGGGUCCCACAUAUGUGCAUGGUCAAUGGGGUACUAGUGAAGAUGGCAUUUUAAAAGUUGUUCCAAAUGAGUUGAAUCAAGUAGUUGAAGGACACACAUCCCCUGUUUCACAUUUGGGCGUUUUGGCACGAGAUGGGAGUCUUGCACCACUCACUUUUAUGACUUGGCAUUAUGUUCCAAAACAAAACAAAGAUAACAUAUGGAGGGAGAUAAAGGCUCAUACGGAUGCAGAUGAAUCCAUGAAGAGAACAAUAAUGGCUUCAUUUGGAAAGAAAUGGAGAGAUUGGAAAAGUCGAGUGAAAACAAUGGGAUACAAACCCGUCAAGAAUGAUGCAGAAAGAUUGGCUCAUCGACCAGAUAGAGUACAUGAGGAUCAGUGGUGGGCUUUGGUUUACUAUUAG